GAUAUAAAUUAAUUUUAAGUUAUUAUUUUGAUUUGAAUAUAUAUAUCAAGUAACAUAGACCCAUUAUUUUUUAAUAUAAUAUAAUGGACUUUCAAUUUUUUUAUUAGCAUAAACCCAUUAUUUUGUUUUUCUAAUUUACUAUUAUCCAUAUUUCCAAACAGUACUAAUUUUUUUAACUACUAUCUACAUUACCAAACAAUCCCAUUUUGUACUUGAGUUUUAAUAAGAUAGAUUAGGUUGAAAAGUUUGUUUAACUAAUACUUCUAAUUUGAAAUAUUCAUAAUGUACUAAACUACAAAAACGUUGGCUUUAUAAGAUAUUGGAGACGAGUUUAAAGGGUUGAGAAUGGAUGCUGGUCCCCUUUUCUUUUUCUUCAACUUUUUGUUGGGUGAUAUAUAUCUUCUUCUUUAACUUUUUUGCUCGUUCCACUUAUCGAAUGUGUCAAUUUUUAUACUGAAGCAAAGUAUGGUGCAUAUAAGCUAUAUAAUGCUACCAAUCGACAUCUAAUUCCAAUAUCGUUGAUCUAUCACUAUUACAAAGCUCAGAGCAUAAUAACCAUCUGUCUAUCAACAUAAACAACAGAACUUAUUAAUAAGGUCAAGUUCAAAAAAAAAAACUUAUUAAUAAGGUAAUUUAUCUAUCGACAUCUGUAUAAUUAUCUUUCUAUAUCCACAUCACCGACAACAAGGAAAAAGGAAAUAUGCACAACCAGUGCCCGUCUAACAUUGAACAAUGCCCUAAGCCAAUUCAUAAAACAAUGCCCUUAUAUAUAUGUGUUGUUCAGAAUCAUAUAAUAAGAGUAAAAAAAAUUAAACUUCCAUAAAACAAUCCAAUUUCACAAAAAUGUUUGUAAGAUAAAAUAAAAUAAUAGAAUUAAAAAAACUCGUACCAACUCCAAACAAUGUUAAUACGUUACUGCUCUUGUCACAAUUUGCUAGUUUUUUAUAAAAAUUUGGAAAAUAAUAAAUUAGCCACGUAGCUUGUCAAUACGAAAACGAUGAUAACAAAACUAAAGCAAUAUAAACUAAACUGGGGGCACCAUGAAACGAAAGAGAAAAGAAAACAAGAAUUUUUUAAUUAUGGUUUUAAUUAUAAUUUAAAAUAAAAACUUACUAAUAACUAUUUAAUAAUAUAUUUAACUACUAUAAUUGUUAAUAAAAUGUUUAUUAAUAUUGUUAAAAGAUCCAACAAACGUUAUUCUGAUUUGUUAUGCCCACAGGUAUCACUUUAACUAAAAAAAGUCUUACAAACUAUAAUUAUUUAUAAAAGAAAAAAUAAAAGAUACUAAAAUAUGUCCAAAACUUUUUUGCUGCCUUAAGCCACCGCUUCACCGGCUUAUGCCAAAGGCCGGCCCUGUGCACAACACCAUAUUAUAAUCCUGAUCUUGUAAAACUGAAAAGUCCAAAUAUUUUUUUACAAAUUAAUUUUCUUUGAAAAAUAACUCAUGUGUCAAAAGCGUAAUAAUACUGUUACAUAGGGUAAAGAUUUGUGUGUAAAUUGUAAUUUAGUUUUCCGGUUUCUUUUUAUCAACGAAUAAUAGGAAGAAGAAAUAUGUUUAAGAGAGCAGAGACAAGACACCUCGACAAAAGUUGCGGCGGUUUGGGUUGGGAUGUAGCGAGUAAAGGGUAAGUAAAUACUUUACAAUGAUGAUAACCACGCUCAAAUUAUUCUAUCAACAGAACAUGAGCAUACUCUAAAGUUAUUUUCCAAAUGUAUAUGUACAAAAUUUAUAACUAUUCAUGCACUUUUUUGUACAAGCAAAUAUCGUACUUUAAAAAUGAAUAACAUAUAAUCUAUGUAGUGGCAAAGCGUUGCUCACAAUUGUAAACACACACACAACACAUCAUAUAUCCAUUAUAUCAUAUGGCUCUGUUCAUGGAAUGUUUGGAGUGUAUUCAUUUUCGUGUUUGGAGUUUGAUCGUUUAUAUAGAUGUUUUUCUCUUUUUUUUUUUUGGAUUUUUAUAAUAUCAACCGCAUUUACGAUUUUAGUUGUUUUAAAAUUUUAAUUUGUAAUAAAACAUACAACAUUUUUGUCCCAAAAAGACAUGUUUGCAUUUUUACUUCCGAUUAUACUAAACAAGUGUUUGUGGGGUUUGCAAAUUUACAUCUAAAACAAUUAUUCCACAUGUUUAUACUUGUAAUGUUUAAUUUAAUUACUGUAGCUUGGUUUGCAAUUACAAUCAUGGUUAAUUAAUAAUACAGUUCCAUUAUUGACGCCCAAAAGAAGACCCAGUUACUUGAGAGUUGAGACAGACUUUUUAGUCCUCUUCAAAACCUCUGUUUCUUUCUUGAUUUAAAAGUGAACUUUGACAUUAUAUCUUCAUGCACAAACCACUGUCGCAAAAGAUCCGUGCCGUGAUAUUGUUUUAGGAAAAAAUAAAAAUUAAUGAUAAUAAACAACAAUAACAUGUCUUAGAAAACCAGUUUUGUAACUUUUGUGAAUAAAAUCCCGAGGUUUGGACCUCAAUGAUUUUUUCAAUCGAAGAGGUCGAUUUUUGAAACAUAAAAAUAUAUUAUUUUUGAAUAGUACGCCGUAAUAAUCUGAAAUUUCAUAAUUAAAAAAAUUGCCAAAAGAGAACAAAAAAAUCAGGUUGUUGUCCCUUUAUUAUAAAACUAAUUUUGUCCAUUUUUUCUUCUUUUUACCCUUUGUAUUUCUGAAAAUUAAUGAAAUAAAUAAUUUUAUGAAUCAAAAAAAUUAUUAAAAAUAUAAACAAUUAAUAAAACAUCCAUAUACACAAGCUGGUAAUUUUCUUUUGUUCAAAAACUUGGUAAAUAAGAUUUUUAAAAUACAUUCUACUAAAAGUAGAAUGCGUUUUCUACGAAAAAUAGUAUAGUAGAAAACGAUUUCUAAAAUAAACACGUUCAUCUACUUCUUUUAGAACGCCCAUUUUACUAUUUACUAAAUUUCUAAAAAAGAGGAAUGCGCAUUCUACUAAUCGUAAAAGUAUCCACUUUCCUUCUGAAUGCAUCUUCUACUUUUAUAAAGUAUUCUAAAUUUCGGGGAAUGUGUUUUCUACAAUGUACUCUUAUGUCUACUCAAAGUAGAAAGUGUAUUCAGAAUUUUUAUCAUUCUUCUAAACUUUUAGAAAUCACCUUCUACGGAAAAGAAUACCUGAUUUUUUACGAAAAUUAAUGAAAUUUCAGUUAAGGAAAUAUUCUAAAAAUUUCCUAGAAAUAUUCUAACUUCCUAAAACGUGUUAUGGUCGAUUUUACUUGAAAAAAUUAAAUAAAAAACGAUUAUCCCUUUUGUUUUUCAUCAAUCUAUGAUUUUUUCAUAGUUUUUCUUUUGAUUCUUCUCAACAACUAUAUUUUUUUUCUUUUCUCCAUUAACUUUUUUUUAAUUCAAAUUAAAUUUUUUAAAUUGUGUUUAAUUAGAUUAAAUAUAGGGUUAGUUUUGGGAUUAUGAAAAAAAUUAUACUAUUAAGACAAUUUUAUGUUGGUUUUAUACCAAGAGGACAACAACCUUAUUUUUUUGUUUUCUUUUAGCAAUUUUCCCAAGUUUUUUUAACGUUACUUUGUUGACUGAAGCCUAAACUAGGCAUUAUUUUGUAGUAAGAAAAGUUGAAGUCUUACUUUGAGCAUGGAUGAUUUAGUAGCUAUAGUAAAAUAACGUGGUAAACGUGUGUUGAAAUGUUAUCUUGCCAAACAAUAUAGUACUUAGAUAUGUCAACGUAUCAAUAUGCAUUAGUUGAAUGAUUGUUUUACGUUUGUUAAGCAAUUAUAUUAUUUUUUUCUCGACGUUGCUUGUAAUCAAGGGUUAUCCAAGACGGGACUUAAUGGCAACAUCCUCUUACAAAAUUUUGAAAUGGAAUUAAUCUAUCAAUCAUUUGAGACUGUUAUAUUAUUAGACCAUGCCACAAAUUCGAUUAAUAGACUGUAAAAAUAUAUUGAAAAUCUAAUAGGUUCGCUACUACGAGAAUAUAUCAUACCAAUCUUUUGUUUUAAGGUCAUUAUCACAUGAUGUGAAACCAUUUUUUUAAAUUUAUAUUCAAAAUUUCUUUUAAUUUUUUCAAAAGAAAAAUUAUAAUCUCUUUUGUCAAAACUUUUUAAGUUUUUUUCUAAAUUUUAUUUUGUUUUUUCAUUUUUUGUAUUGUUGACAAAAGAAAGUUUGAUUAUGAAUCUAUUGUGAAGCAAUUCGACGACUUUUCUAGCUCAAUGAUUUAAAGUUAGCCUAAUAAUAUACUUUAACAGGCUCUUUAGCGAGAGAUAAUUCAAUACCAUGACAACAAUUCCUUUUAGUGUCCGUAUGGCUAUAAUCAUAAUUUUGUUUUCCAUAUAAUUGUGUUUGAUAAACAUACUUAAGUACUUAUCAGUUAUCACUAUAAAUACUGUUAACUCAUUAUUAAUGUAACUGUAAUAGAAUCGACAAUAAUAUCUCUAUCUUCUCUCUAAAUUCAAAGCUAUGGAGAUCAACGGCGAUCAACCGCCGAUGAUCUGGCCGCAAUUUGAAUCUACUGGCUAUACUCGCCGGCGAUCACCGGUUCCGACGAUGUUAGUUCCUUCGAUGAUCGGAGUGAUCUCAGCGGCUAUGUUUCUUCUCUUUACGACCUACGUCGUUCCUACGUUUAUCUCCGUCACAUCUCAGAUUCUUCAGCCAGCUUCGGUGAAGAGAGGAUGGGACUCCAUCAACGUGGUUGUAGUACUUUUCGCGAUCAUCUGCGGCGUACUCGCCAGACGAAACGACGACGUAUCGUCUUCUUCGUAUACACACGGCCAAGAAGAAGAAAAAGGAGGAGCUGUGAUAGGUGAUGACGUGUACGACGCUGAUAGGCUCAAGAUCUACGAGAGCUUGAGUAGGUUACCGGUUACCGGAGGUUUACCGUUGAGGCGUAGUAGUAGCUCGUAUCCUGAUCUGAGGAAUGGAGUUUUCAGGGAAACUGCUGAUCGCCGGUUCCGGUUCUACGACGAUCUUGGAAUCGACAAGUACCGAUGGGAAUCAACGGUGGUGAUUGACGAACAGUUUCGGAGUGUUUCUAAAACUGAAAUCGAAGAAUCUGAGCCUAAGGAAGUAACGGUUGAUAAGUUCGUUGUAAGACCUUCUUCUUCUCCUCCGCCGCAACAACCACCGGCACCACCACCGCCUCCUCCAAGGACUCAUCGGUCUGUUAGAAACAGAGAUAUGAAAGAAAGGUCGAAACGCAGUGACGUUAAUUCUGAUUCCACCACAUUUAAACGAACGCUUCGGCCACCGCCGACACCACCUCCGCCGCCACCGCCUCCUCCGCCGCUGAGGACUCUUCAGAGAAGAAAGAGCAAUGCGGCGAAAGAGAUUAAAAUGGUGUUCGCUUCUUUGUAUAAUCAAGGAAAGAGGAAGAAACUUCAGAAACUAAAGAGAAAAGAGAGAAGAGAAUCUCCGGCGGUGGUGGAGAUGGAACCACCGCAAUACAGAUCGACAUUUCCACCACCGUCUCCGCCGCCACCUCCACCACCGCCUCCGCCUCCUCCGCGUUCGUCGGAGUCAGUGUUCUACGGAUUGUUUAAAAAGGGAGUUAAGAGCAAAAAGAUCCACUCCAUCCCGCCGCCGCCUCCACCUCCUCCGCCGAGGAAGAUUCAGUUGGAUCCUCAGACACCACCACGGAGAGUGAACUCCGGUAGACCUCCGCGUUCGACGAAACAGACAAAUUUAAACGAAGAGAGCUACCAAGGACCGCCGUUAACUCAGACCAUACCACCUCCUCCACCGCCGCCUCCGUUUAGGGUUCCGCCGCUGAAGUUCGUGGUGAGUGGUGAUUUUGCGAAGAUACGGAGCAAUCAGAGCUCUAGAUGCAGCUCCCCUGAGCGAAAAGUGAUCGACCUAGGUUGGGGUCUAGAACUCACACAAUCUGACGGCGGGGAGGACAACAACGUCGCCGUGAAUGGUGGCGGCGGCGGGACGGGGUUCUUCUGUCCAAGCCCGGACGUUAACGCGAAAGCGGACAACUUCAUCGCCAGGCUCAGAGAAGAGUGGAGGCUCGAUAAGGUCAACUCUGUCAAGAGGAGAAGGAGCAUGAGUUCUGUCUAAGGCAUACUUUGCAAAAACGACGUAGUUUUUCUCGUUUAAGGUUUCGUGCCAUGCAAGUAACCCAUAAAGCACGGUCGUACAACAAACAUCUUCAAGCAAGCGAGUGGGCAAACACUUGUUGUCGGAGAUGGUUUUAUAUGUAUUGGAGAAUUCGUUGUGACUCUAAUCACUCGAAUUUGAAGUUACCGGUAAUAUUGGUAUUACCGGUAAAGUAAAUCGGCUAGAACCGGCUGAUAUUUUUUCAGUUAAACCGGUUGUGUGACUUUUUUGGUUUGAGUUUCCCCGAUAUAAAAGUUGAUUAUAACUUGGUGGUGUUCGACAUGUUUGUAGUUGGUAUUGAUGUAUGUAUGGCCCGUGAGAUGGAAGUAUAGUUGUGGGCUCUUUUUUUUUUC